UGUCUGGUGAAGUAAAUCGUAUCAGAAGAUUAAUUGUAUAUUUACAUGCGCAAAUUGUUGGUGGUGGAGGAAAUCCACCAGAAGAUCCUAAUACUCCAUUACCAAUUCCUCCUCCAUCACUUGAAGAUGUAUUAAAAUAUCCAAAUAAUAAAGAUGUAAAAUUGGGAAUGUUGUUUGAAGCGAUGGAAAAAGUAGCAAAGGAAAUAAGUGAAGUUGUUAAUAAAAAAACUUUUCUUCAAGAAAUUAUAACUGGUUCAGAAUUUAAAAAGGAACUUAUUAAGAAAUUAUCGAGAGAAGACCCCAAAUAUUUGAUAGAGAAUUUAAAAAAUAUUGAAUAUGUUGCUAAUAUAAUUUAUAAAACACCAAAAAAUAUUAGUAAAAAACGAAAACAUAUAGAAAAUUCAAUCUCAUCUAGUUCAGAUAAUAAAGAAAGUGAAAGUGAAAACAAUGAUAAUAAAGAAUUACCAAAGAAAAAAACAAAAAAAAGUUCAACACCAUAUAAUAAUUUUGUUAAAAAAGAAUAUUCCUGA